GAUGCACUAACCCUGCUGUUGUCUUUCCUGUGACGUCUUUAGACAUGAGGUGGAAAAACAAGUUCUGGGGGAAGUCUAUGGAAAUAGUUCCUGUGGGCAUCACCCAUGUGAUGCUGCCAGGGUUUGGGGACCACUAUGAGUGGAACAAGGUCACGUCCUGCAUCCACAACAUCCUGAGUGGGCAGCGCUGGAUAGAACACUACGGAGAGAUCUCCAUCAGGAACACCAGCACUGAUAUCUGCCAGUGUAAGGUCACCUUCAUCAAGGCCAAGUACUGGAACUCGAGUGUUAACGAGGUGGAGGGCACCAUCACAGACCACAAGGGGAAGGUCAUCCACAGACUGUUUGGGAAGUGGAACGAGGGGGUGUACUGUGGAGACCCCCCCUCUGCCACCUGCAUCUGGAGAGCCAAUGCCAUGCCGGCUGACCACGAGCAGUACUACGGCUAG